UCUGUAUCCAGCAGCUUUCCAGCAUGAGUCAAAAGGCAGGAAAGGUUUUCAAAAAGACCAGCCCCAAUCAGAAGCUCUCACUCUACCUGGGAAAGCGAGACUUUAUUGACCAUAUUGACAAAGUGGAUCCAGUUGAUGGAGUAUUGCUGAUUGACCCAGAGUACCUAAAGGACAGGAAAGUUUAUGUGAUAUUGACGUGUGCAUUCCGAUAUGGCCGUGAAGAUUUGGACGUUAUCGGCCUUAGUUUCCGAAAGGAUAUUUACUCAGAGGCAAUCCAGGUCUAUCCACCACUUCCCAAAAACAAGAAGCAACUGACCUCACUGCAGGAGAAAUUGACUAACAAACUGAAGGAGAACUGCUACCCUUUCUGCUUUGAGAUUCCAACCAACCUGCCAUGUUCAGUAACUUUACAACCUGGCCCGGAUGACCAUGGAAAGGCGUGCGGUGUAGAUUUUGAAGUGAAAGCAUUCUGUGCCGAUAGCCUGGAAGAGAAGGUUCAUAAAAGGAAUUCGGUGAGGCUGAUUAUCCGUAAGGUACAGUACGCUCCCGAGCAAGGAUCCUUGCAACCCAUGUCGGAAGCCACUCGUCAGUUCCUCAUGUCAGACAAGCCACUGCUCCUGAAGGCAUCACUUAGCAAAGAGAUAUACUACCACAAUGAACCUAUAGACGUCACAGUUUGCAUCACCAAUAACACAAGUAAGGUGGUGAAGAAGAUUAAGUUAUCAGUUGAUCAAGUCACUGAUGUAGUCCUUUAUCAACUUGACAAAUAUACAAAGACAGUCGCUGUGGAGGAAUCAGAGGACACUGUGGCUGCCAAUUCCAGCUUCACCAAAGUUUACAAACUGACUCCAGUUCUGGCCAGCAAUCGGAAGAAACGAGGCCUGGCCUUAGAUGGGAAACUCAAAUACGAGGAUACUAACUUGGCCUCGAGUACCAUGCUCAGACCAGAGCUCGAUAAAGAGGUCCUUGGAAUCCUUGUCUCCUACCUGAUGAAGGUGAAAGUGACAGCCUCCCGAGGCGGGUAG